GUCGUCGUCGUCCUCCUUGGUAGAGAUUAUAGAGAUUAGGGAUUUGUUGGGUGAAUUAAUGGCGAUGAUGGGGAACGGGGAGGGGGAUAAGGGGAUGGUGGUGAGCUUCGGGGAGAUGCUCAUCGACUUCGUGCCCACGGAGUCGGGGGUGUCGCUGGCGGAGGCGCCGGGGUUCCUGAAGGCGCCGGGGGGGGCGCCGGCGAACGUCGCCAUCGCAGUGGCGCGCCUCGGCGGCCGCGCGGCGUUCGUGGGGAAGCUCGGGGACGACGAGUUCGGGCACAUGCUCGCCGGGAUCCUCCGCGCCAACGGGGUCUCCGACGCCGGCGUCGCCUUCGACUCCGGCGCCCGCACCGCCCUCGCCUUCGUCACCCUCCGCGCCGACGGCGAGCGCGAGUUCAUGUUCUACCGCAACCCUAGCGCCGACAUGCUCCUCACCGAGGCCGAGCUCAACCUCGACCUCAUCCGCAGGGCUAAAGUGUUCCACUAUGGAUCUAUAAGCCUGAUUGCCGAGCCGUGCCGAUCGGCGCAUCUGCGGGCCAUGGAGGUGGCCAAGGAGGCCGGGGUGCUGCUCUCCUACGACCCCAACCUCCGCCUCCCCCUGUGGCCGUCGCCUGAGACAGCUCGCGAGCAGAUCCUGAGCAUCUGGGACCAGGCCGACAUCAUCAAGGUCAGCGACGUCGAGCUCGAGUUCUUGACCGGCAUCGACUCGGUCGAAGACGAGGUCGCCAUGAAGCUAUGGAGGCCGAGCUUGAAGCUUCUCCUUGUAACCCUUGGAGAGAAUGGGUGCAAAUACUACACCAAGGAUUUUCGAGGGUCGGUCGAGUCCUUCUCUGUGAAACAGGUUGACACGACCGGAGCUGGUGAUGCAUUUGUAGGAGCUAUGCUCCGGAAAUUCAUCGAAGACGAAUCAGCUUUGCAGGAUGAGAAGAAACUAAGGGAGGUGCUUCGGUUCGCGAACGCGUGCGGCGCGAUCACGACGACGAAGAAAGGAGCAAUCCCCUCCCUUCCAAAUGAAGCAGAAGCCAUGCUGCUGCUAGAUAGGGCACAGAACACCUGAAGAUUUACUACUAUUAUGCAUUUUCCGAUGCUUCCAUAUCCACGAAGUUUAUUGUAUUUUGACAUAAAUCAAGAGAGCUUUGAUGAAACCAUUCCUUUCUUUGAGAUCUAUUUUGAGAUCUACAACA